AUGGCCACCCGCCGAGAACCCUCCCAACACGGCAUCACAACAGUCUACCACCACCCGAAAGCCCAAGCCGACAUUCUCUUCAUCCACGGCCUCGGCGGCAACCCCGGUCGCACCUGGAAAGCAACCAGCAAUGACGUCUUCUGGCCCACCGACCUGCUCCCAGCGUCCCUCGGCGACAACCUGCCCGUGAAUAUCCUCACCUAUGGCUACAACGCCGAGGUGUUUUCCUGGUUCUGGGAGAAGCCGAAGCCGACGACGUCCACUGCCACGGGGAAUGAUGGUGAUGAUAACAGAACAGGUUCAGGGAAACCAAAACCCAAAAACCCCAGCACCGACCCCAUCCACCAACACGCCCACACCCUCAUCGCCCAACUCACCUCCCACCGCCAAUCCCAAAACACCGCCCGCCUCCCGCUAAUCUGGGUCGCCCACAGCCUCGGCGGUGUCCUCGCCAAACGCGCCCUCCUCUACUCCCACGAAGUCCUCACCGCACGCAUGGCCGAGUACCGCUCCAUUUUCAUCUCAACCUACGCCAUGAUCUUCCUGGGCACCCCCCACGACGGGUCCGAUUUGGCGACGCUGGGGCGGUGGGUGAGGGGUGGGCUGGGCACGGUGUUGCCGCGGCGGGUGUUUGAUUCGGAGAGUGUGUUGCUGGGGACGUUGGUGCCCGGGGGGGAGGUGUUGGGGGAGAUUUCGGAUCGGUUUUUGGAGGUUUAUCAGCGGUUUGAGAUGCAUAUGGUGUGGGAGAAUUGGAAGACUGAUUUGGGGGUUACCAAAGCCCUAAUAGUCAAACGGCAAUCCGCCGCCCCCCAGUUGCCCGGCGUCUUCCGGUACGGCAUCGAGGCGACGCACUCGGGCAUGUGCAAGUUUGAUAGCGUGUCCGCGUCCGGGUAUGGCACGCUGUCGACGGCGAUGCGCAAGUGGGUGGGGGAUGCGCCGUCAACGAUUCUGGUGCGGUGGGCGCAUGAGGAUGAGGAUCGAAGAAGGAUAAUUCAGAGGGAGGGGUUGGAACGGGUGGCUGCUGAAUAUCGCGCUGCCGGGCUGGAUCCUCCCGAGCAACUGGCCUUUGUUCAAACCGACCCCCUCGACCCAACCCGCCCAAUCCUCCAGUCCCCAACCUCAACCACCACCCCCCUACCACGCAGCAAUAACCCAACACCGAGUAACCCCAGCAACGACCCCCCCUUCAUCCACCCCACGACAAUCCGCCCCAACGACUACACAGUCGGCCGCACCGCCGAACUACACCAACUGCACACCCUCCUGACCGACCCCCGCCGACGCGCCCACGGCACCGCCGCCGUGCUGAUCCAAUGCCUCACCGGCGGCGGCAAAACCCACCUCGCGCGAGAAUAUGUAUUCCGCUACCGCGAGCACUACAAGGGGGGCGUCUUCUGGGUGCCGGCUGGGUCACGACGGGAGUUGGAGACCUGGUUUGGGUGGGUUGCCAAAGGCGUUGGCAUCGAUACCUCUGUCCCUGUCCAAGAAAAGAACGGGAGUUCCAGUUCUUCCGACACCAAAAAAAGUGGAAGCAGAAGCAGCACCCGCGACACCCCCCCCCUAGUCCACGCCGUCCGCCGCUGGCUCAACACCCACCCCCACUGGCUUCUCGUCCUCGACGACAUCCACUUCGACACCCCCGGGCUCGCCGACUUCAUCCCCGACGACGCACCCCCCAACACCAGCCUCCUCUACACCUCCACCGAACGCGCCGUCAAAGGCGACCAGCGCUUCCUGGGCAACCCAUCCGUUCUCGAACUCGGACUCCUCCCCGCGGCCGAAGCGCAGCAGUUAUUCCUUGAAAUCGCUGCCCCGCGUCGGAGACCGUGGAGUGACGCCGAGAAGGAGCUGGUGAGGGAACUGGUGGAGUUGAUGGGGAGACUACCGCUGAUGGUGCAGUUUGCUGCGCAGCAUGUGGCGCAUACGGGGGAGCCGUUGGCUGGGUUUGUGAGGAUGUAUCGGCGGAAACCGGGGGCCAGGGCGCUGGAGCCGUAUCGGAUGUUGAGGAAGGGACUGGAGGAGAGGGGGGAGCAUGCGGCGCUGAAUUUGAUGUGUUUGUUGGUGUUUUUUGGGGGGAUGGUGCCGGUUGAGAUGGUGGUUUUUGGCCUCCCCGGCCUGGACAAAGCAACCCCCAUCAAAACCCGCGACGCCGCCCUCGGCACCACAACCCUCAACAACACCCUCAAAAUCCUCAAACGCACCUCCCUCCUCGACCGCGCCGACAGCAGCCAGCCCCCCUCCCCAGCCUCCACCUCCCUCACCUCCAGCUUCGAGCGCCCUGCUCCCACAGCCACCACCGCCGGCGCAGCUGGUACCUCCGCCGGUACCGAAUACCUGGACCUCCUCAGCAUGCACAACGUAACCCGCGCCUAUUUCAUCGACUGGCUCCGCGAAAAGAAACAGAUUCUCUUCUGGCUCAAGAAUGCGAUCACCCUCUGGAGCAGGGCGUAUGAUGAGGCGAGCCGCAGGAUGAGGGAGGAUCCCGUGGCGGUCGGUGUGGCGGAUGAUUAUAGAAGGUUUGGCGUGCACGGGGAGAAGUUGUUGGCGAAUUGGGAGAUGUUUGCGAAGCGCCGACGGGAGGUGGGGGAGGUCAGGGGGGAGUUGGAAAGGAGGUUGGGGGAGAUUCGGGGGUGUGUUGAGAGGUUGGCGGAGAGGGAUUCCCAGGGGCAUAAUACCGAGUUGGAUGAAGACAAAGGUAAAGGCAGAGUCCAGCCGGCGUCAGUGUUUGACCGGGUGAGUGCGUCUUCGCAGACGGACUCGUAUGAUAGUCAGCCGAGCGGGUUGGAUUCGCCGUUGGACGGGCCGGAGUUUCCGGGGUUGGCGAUAGGGGUGGAUUUUGAGACGGGGUUUCGGCAACAACAGCAGCCACAAAGAGCUCUCCCGUACCCCGACAACCAGGUGAUGCCGACAGCCCCCGAGUUUGGUGGCGAAGACAUGGAGAAUGAACGAGACGACGACCAGGACACGAUGGUGCUGUCGACGACGGGCACACAGGUUCAUGUCGGGGGGACAAAUGCAGAUGCCGACGAGGUUGGGUCUGUGAUAUCACGCCUGGCCGACCACCGCAACCCCCACGACACCCAGCAAGACGUCACAGCGAUGGUAGAAGACUGGCAACGCGACCUCCCCCAUCACCGCGUCGUCCAAUGGCAGCGGCAAUCUCAGCACAAACACAGAGUCCGGCUCCGGGCUGGCGGUUGGCAGGAGGAACAUUCCAAGAGCGGGCCGUGGCUGGGAUUGACGUACGACGAUACCCUUGGGCUGUCGGUACAAAGGGACGAGGAGGCUCGACCGGAACUGCACGAGAGAACCCAGAGUGAGGCAGAGAUGGAUCUGAACCGGAUCAAGAUGGCCUCGAGCGUGGCUUCGUCGCCGCGGCUGGGGAGUGUUGGGUCGCCCACGGCGAGGGGGUCGUCUACUGCAAAAGGGUCAUCCACAGCGAGAGGGUCGUGGGUUGGUGGGUUGGGGGUGUGGUCGCCUUGGGGGUCGAUGAGGAAGAAACAGUCGCCCGUGGGAGGUGUCCCAGAAGAACUCCCAGCAGGACCACAGCAACAACACGCCCAAACACAAACCCCUGACCGACUCUCACCCCCUCAACCACAACCACAACAACCCCCCAACAUCUUCCCAACUCCAAACCCAUACCCACGCUCCACCAACUCCAGCCCAGGCCCCAACCCCCGCGCAACUGCUACAGCCUCACCCUUCCCCCCACCUUCUUUCUCCGGCAUCCCAACCGACGACCUCCUCCCCUCUCGGCCCUCAGUCUCCGUCUCAGGCCAGCCCGGACAGCCAGGCCAGCAGCAGCCUGCGACAGGUGGUGGACCGGUAGUCGUCCGGCACUGGAACACAUUCGUCUACCAUCCACACGGCACACCCAUCAGCAAUACCUCGGGGGUAGACUGGUCGUCGUCGGAUUGGUCGGGGUCGCCGGAUCCGAUGUCGUUGUCGUAUCCGACUUUUCCGAGUUAUCAGCGGUAUCCGCCUGGGGACGGACCGGUUCCGGCUUCGUUUAUCAGGGGGAAUAGUGUUGUUGGUAAUGCUGGUAAUCCUCCGUUUCAGUCGUAUCCUGUUCAACGGCAGCAACGACAGCAAGGGCAACCGCUCUCGUUUGACGACGCGCGGUAUUACUACCCCAGUACCACUACCAAUACCGCUACUGCUGGCCCAAUUCCAGGUCAAAGCCCAGGUCCAGGUCCAGGCCCAGGCCCCGUACCAGGCUCAGGCUCAGGCUCACGCUCCCCCAUCCGAGCCCAACGCAUCCCAACAGCCAACGCCACGCGCCUCAAGAAACGCAUGCCACUCUCCACCUCCCGGCCAGUCGUAUCCUACACCAUGACUGAGCCUGACCCCAGGCUGGAGCCGGUGCUUUCUGAUGGCGAGGGGGAGAUGGAAGAGGAGAUGGUCGGGUUAGGGUUGCGGUCGGACAUCACCUACCUCAACCUCGACCUCAAUACCAAUACCUACAUCAGCAGCAGCAGCAGCAACACCCACAAUACCCACAAUACCAACACCCCCAACAGGUGUUGA